UGCAGUUAUUCUAAAUGUCCACACGGGGACAUAAUAGACCGUCACAUGAAAAUGUCCAGUGGGUUACUGAAGCCCCUCCCAGGCUCAGAGUGAGAUGCGCUCUCAGUUCUUUGUUACAACAGAAAAGGAGAGGACGGAGCUUCUUUCGAUCCAUCCCUCACCAAAACAUGUUAUUGUGAUCUUUUUAAAUUAUUUUUUAAUCCACUUCCACUUGAUGGCUAUUAUUAUCCACAUGGUUUGUUUUAUAAUUGAAUAACAUGAUGCAGACGAGACGGAUACGAGGACGAUUUGGGAUUUAUUUGUUGUGUUUUAUUUCAAACUGCUGCUGGAAUCUGACGUGUGGACAGAUCUCUUACUCUGUCUCAGAGGAGGUAAACCCGGGCACGUUUGUGGGAAAUCUCGCUAAAGAUCUCAGUCUCAACGUGCACGACUUAGAAGCGCGUGCGUUCCAGAUUGUGAGCGGAUCAAAGAGGAGAUAUUUCGACGCAAACCUGAAAACGGGGAGCCUUUACGUCAGUGAAAGGAUCGACCGGGAGGAGCUUUGUGCCAACGCUGCAACGUGCUCUGUGCAUGUGGAGGCCGUGAUUAACAGCCCGCUGAAGCUCUACCGGUUAGAAAUAAACAUCCUUGAUGUAAAUGAUAAUGCGCCGUAUUUCCCUGAGAAACUGCAGACUCUUAAUAUAGCAGAAAGCACAGCGCCUGGAGGGAGGUUUGGAUUUAUAGGCGCGUUGGAUGUUGAUGUGGGGAAGAAUAGUGUUAGCACGUACAGGCUCAGUUCCAAUGAGUAUUUUUCUCUAGAGAUUCACAAAGGAGGAGGCGCUGUGUCUGCUGAACUCGUGCUACAGAAGGGGUUAGACCGAGAAAAACACCCUGUCAUAAGGCUCACGCUGACUGCUGUAGAUGGUGGUAACCCUCCCCGGUCAGGGACAUCACAGAUUGUUGUCAGCGUUUUAGAUAAUAAUGACAAUGCUCCGGUAUUCAGCARUUCUUUAUACAAAACAAGCAUAUCUGAGAAUUUACCGAUAGGAAAGACGGUGAUAGUUUUAAUUGCGACGGACGCAGAUGAAGGCGUUAAUGCAGAAAUAGAAUAUUCGUUAAGACGCAAAGGACAGGAUCAUGUUUUAGAUUUGUUUCAAAUCGAUCCUAAAUCAGGCGCACUUCUGAUCAAAGGCAACAUCGACUAUGAGGAGAACCCUGCUUUUGAGAUCCACGCACAGGCGAGUGACAGGGGCCAGCCUCCCAUGUCUGCUCACUGCAAAGUGCUGGUGGAGGUGCUGGACCUGAACGACAACGCUCCUGAGGUCACUGUGACGUCACUGCUAAACACAGUGAAAGAGGACGCGACUGUAGGAACAGCUGUAGCGCUUGUGUCUGUGCUGGACAGAGAUGGAGGAAAAAACGGGGCAGUGAAAGCUGUAAUUGCAAACGAGAGUCCCUUUAAACUGGAAACAAACUAUAAGAACUAUUAUUCGUUAGUUGUUAAUGGGCCGCUUGAUAGAGAAACUGUGGCUGAAUACAAUGUCACUGUUGUUGCAACUGAUGAAGGAACUCCAUCUCUGUCCAGCACUAAAAUAAUUCACCUGCUGCUUUCUGAUGUUAAUGACAAUCCACCGCGAUUCUCUGAACAGCUCAUUAAUGUGUUUGUGAGAGAGAACAGUCCCGUAGGUGAAACUAUUAAAACUGUGACUGCAGUUGAUGCUGAUGUAGAUAAAAAUGGUCAGGUGACAUAUUCGUUUUUACAAAAUAACAAUUACAAAACAUCUUCAGCCACACUAGUGAAUAUUAACUCAGAGACAGGAGACAUAAUCAGUCUGCAGGCUUUUAACUAUGAGGAGUUA